UGGCCUGCUGGAAAUGGGAUCCCUGCGCGCUGCUAUCUAGUCCCAGACGCGGAGGUGUCGCUCCGCCAGACGCUGCGUGCUGGGCUCGGGACGGUGACGGACUCCCCCCCCCCCCGAACGGAGACGACCGGAGCCGCCUGACUCCCUCACUCAGCCGCCCCGCGCACCUGGGCACCAUGGACCCGUGGACCACCGGCACAUCCGCGCUCCUUGUGGCCGCCUUGGCGCUCUCCUCCGCGGCUCUCAGUCACUUCGACACCGAGUGCUACACGGCCAACGGAGAGGACUACAGGGGCUUCCAGAACCAGACCAGCCUGCAUGGCGGUAAACCCUGUCUCUUUUGGAACGAGACCUUCCAGCACCCCUACAACACGCUGAAGUAUCCCAAUGGCGAGGGCGGCUUGGGCAGGCACAAUUACUGCAGGAAUCCGGACGGCGACGUCCAGCCGUGGUGUUACAUCGCCGACCACGAAGAUGGAAUCUACUGGCGAUACUGCGACAUCCCGACGUGCCGCAUGCCGGGUAACCUGGGCUGCUUCCGAGACAGCGGCGACCCCCCCGCCCUCUCCGGCGCCACCGAGACGUCCAACAAGCUCACCAUCCAGAACUGCAUCAGCUUCUGCAGGAAGCAAAGAUACAAGCUCGCCGGCAUGGAGUCGGGGUACGCUUGUUUCUGCGGCAACGAAGUGGACCUGCAGGACCACGACGAGUCCCCCGGCAUGGAGUGCAACCACGUGUGCUUCGGCGACCACACGCAGCCGUGCGGCGGAGACGGCUGGGUCAUCGUCUUCGACACCCGGGUGGGGUCGUGUGGGGGGAACCUAACCUCCCCGUCCGGAGUCAUCUACUCGCCCGACUUCCCGGACAAAUACGGAGCCAGCCGUGUCUGCUACUGGACGGUGCAGGUGCCCGGAUCCUCGGCCAUCCUGUUCAACUUCACCUUCUUCGACAUCUCGGAUCAGGCCGACAUGGUGGAGCUGCUGAACGGCUACACCAACCAGGUGGUGGCGCGCUUUGACUGGCGCAGCCCCCCGAGAGAGGUGGUCAACAUCACUGGAGACUUCGUCAUCGUUUACUUCUUCUCGGAUCGCACCAACCAAGCCCAGGGUUUUGCUCUGCUGUACCAAGCGCUGAGGAGCCAAAGUGAGGAGGAGGAGGAGGACGACGACGGCGGCUUCCUAAGCACGGUGGCACCACCUCAGCCACCCGCCUCCGUCACCGACAGGUCCAACCUCACCUCCAAAGGACGCUCCACGCAGAUCCUCUACGUCAUCACGUCCAGCCCCGGCAAACCGGAGCACAACAUGCCAGGUCAGUGGGCUGGACCCGGCGAGACCCACAGCGCUAGUAUGUCCCAGUCAUACCUCCACCUUCUUCUCUACUCUACUAUGUGGACCAUCUAUGCACUGGCCGCCCUCCUCAUCCUCACGGUGGUCGCCAUGGUAGCCAAGCUGCUGCUGCACAUCACCGUCAAGUCUCCCCGCCUCCCCACUGUGAGCGGCUCGGACACUUGCAGCCAGAGCGCGGCGUCGUCGGAGCCUUGGAUCAUCUUGUACCGACCCUCCACCAUCUCCCUCUUCAAGAAGAAGCUGAAGAACCACCACGGCGACCUCAGCCCCCUGGUGGGCAACUAGCGCCACGGCCGCGCCGCUGCCUUGUCGGGACGAAACGCGCGGAAAAAAAACCCACACAACGCCACCCGGACUGCCGACCAUCACGCGGGGGGGUAAGGGGGGCAUCACAGAAGCGCCCUCAGAUAAUGGAUCAUCUUCGCUGACUAGCGGCUAAUGACACGAGUGACUGGAGGCGGGCCCCGGCUGAGGGGUAGGGGGGGGGCGGAGCCAGGCGCAGACCCACCUGGUCCGGAAGCCCCCCCCCCCCCCGGUGGCGACUCCUUCAUCUCCAUUGGGACUCAGCAUAGCUUCUUCUAUUCCGCAGCUUCUUUUCAAAUGUAAGAUAAGUCUCUCGCUUGAGGGGACUCUGGACCUUGUGAGGGGACUCUGGACCUCGUGAGGGGACUCUGGACCUCGUGAGGGGACGCUGGACCUCGUGAGGGGACUCUGGACCUCGUGAGGGGACUCUGGACCUCGUGAGGGGACUCUGGACCUCGUGAGGGGACUCUGGACCUCGUGAGGGGACGCUGGACCUCGUGAGGGGACGCUGGACCUCGUGAGGGGACUCUGGACCUCAUGAGGGGACUCUGGACCUCAUGAGGGGACUCUGGACAUCGUGAGGGGACGCUGGACCUCAUGAGGGGACGGGCAACCAUCAAAGCUCACGGAGACUACGAGCGGUGGCGCGGCAGACAACGGGAGGUCUGUGGUCUUUGGCGUGGCGUUCAAGUGCCUUAAGGAUCUGCUCCUUCGUCUUUGACCGGAGCGGAAAAAGGAUGCCUCCAAUCCCGUGGUUGGAUACACCGGAGGAGGAUUUUAUUUUUAUAGUCUGAUGAGGCGUUCAAAGACCUGUUUGGUUUCUCUUACUGAACAUAUUGUUCACUUUGUUCUGUUGUGUUGUACGUCAUGUAUUUAUACCGGAGACAAACAUAUUGGGACUAGGGACUGACACCGAAUCCAAGUGUGGACCGAUUUACAUCGGUACCACCGGGUACCGAUUUACGUCGAAUCGAACCGUACCACAUUUUGGUACUUGCAGACUCAAGCACUUGGCGUGAAAACAAGCACUCAAAUUACCCACUGAUAGUCACACACAUAUUAAUUGUGGUGAAAUGACCCUCUGCAUUUGAACCCGUCCCCGUGUUGCACCCCCUGGGAGGUGAGGGGAGCAGUGAGCAGCAGCGGUGGCCGCGCUCGGGAAUCAUUUUCUGUGAUUUUAACCCCCAAAUUCCAACCCUUGAUGCUGAGUGCCAAGCAGGAUCCCAUUUUUGUUAGUCUUUGGUAUGACUCGGCCGGGGGUUUGAACUCACCACCUGCCGCCGCCAGGGCGCACACUCUAACCACAAGGCCACCGAGCAGGUUCAAAAAAGGUUCGAAGCAAAUAACAAUGUUCCAUGCCAACAAAGCAAGCGUGCCUGAUAAAAAGCUCUAAAAAGUAAGGCUAGCUCAAUGCUAAUUUACAUUGCAUAUGCCAUAGACGAGCUACGGAUUAGCAUUAGCGAUUGCAACGCCUCCAAGUUUGGUCAAAGUGCACGUUACAAUCAAACGGUGUGUAACAAGCACGAUACUUACAACAUAAACACUUUGUAGGGAUCAACGUAAGACGAGACCGGCAUGUAAUUAACUUAAUGGCAAAGACUACUUCCUGACUUAAAAAACACACGUAGGACAAAGUGAAACGUGUACUUGCUAAUGAUAACAACUGUACCGCAAUAAAUUAAUAAACAUAUUUGGAAAUUUGAGUUCCGAUAUCGAUUCCCAGCUACCAGGAAUUGGUACUGUAUCGGUUCGGAUGUGAAAGGUACCCAUCCCUUAUUGGGACACAUUCUACCUUUACAGUACAAGGAGUAAAAUAGGUUUUUAUUACCUAAAUGUAUUUUAUAAUAACAAAGCAAGCGUGCCUGAUAGAAAGCUCCCAAAAGUAAGGCUAGCUCAAUGCUAAUUUACAUUGCAUAUGCCAUAGACGUGCUACGGAUUAGCAUUAGCGAUUGCAACGCCUCCAAGUUUGGUCAAAGUGCACGUUACAAUCAAACGGUGUGUAACAAGCACGAUACUUACAACAUAAACACUUUGUAGGGCUCAACAUAAGACGAGACCGGCAUGUAUUUAACUUAAUGGCAAAGACUACUUCCUGACUUAAAAAACACACGUAGGACAAAGUGAAACGUAUACUUGCUAAUGAUAACAACUGUACCGCAAUAAAUUAAUAAACAUAUUUGGAAAUUUGAGUUCCGAUAUCGAUUCCCAGCUACCAGGAAUUGGUACUGUAUCGGUUCAGAUGUGAAAGGUGCCCAUCCCUUAUUGGGACACAUUCUACCUUUACAGUACAAGGAGUAAAAUAGGUUUUUAUUACCUAAAUAUGUAUUUUAUAAAAACAAAGCAAGCGUGCCUGACCGAAAGCUCUCAAAAGUAAGGCUAGCUCAAUGCUAAUUUACAUUGCAUAUGCCAUAGACGUGCUACGGAUUAGCAUUAGCGAUUGCAACGCCUCCAAGUUUGGUCAAAGUGCACGUUACAAUCAAACGGUGUGUAACAAGCACGAUACUUACAAUAUAAACACUUUGUAGGGCUCAACGUAAGACGAGACCGGCAUGUAUUUAACUUAAUGGCAAAGACUACUUCCUGACUUAAAAAACACACUUAGGACAAAGUGAAACGUGUACUUGCUAAUGAUAACAACUGUACCGCAAUAAAUUAAUAAACAUUCAUAAACAUAUUUGGAAAUUUGAGUUCCGAUAUCGAUUCCCAGCUACCAGGAAUUGGUACUGUAUCGGUUCAGAUUCGAAAGGUACCCAUCCCUUAUUGGGACACAUUCUACCUUUACAGUACAAGGAGUAAAAUAGGUUUUUAUUACCUAAAUAUGUAUUUUAUAAUAACAAAGCAAGCAUGCUUGACAGAAAGCUCUCAAAAGUAAGGCUAGCUCAAUGCUAAUUUACAUUGCAUAUGCCAUAGACGUGCUACGGAUUAGCAUUAGCGAUUGCAACGCCUCCAAGUUUGGUCAAAGUGCACGUUACAGUCAAACGGUGUGUAACAAGCACGAUACUUACAACAUAAACACUUUGUAGGGCUCAACAUAAGACGAGACCGGCAUGUAUUUAACUUAAUGGCAAAGACUACUUCCUGACUUGGACAAAGUGAAAUGAAUACUUGCUAAUGAUAACCUUGUUGUCAUUAUUAGCUCACUGUUAAAUGUUAAACAAGUUGAAUAAACAUAUUUGGACAUUUGAGUUCCGAUAUCGAUUCCCAGGUACCAGGAAUUGGUACUGUAUCGGUUCAGAUGUGAAAGGUACCCAUCCCUAAUUGGGACACUUUCUACCUUACAGUACAGGGAGGGAAAUGGGUUUUUAUUGCCGAAAUGUAAACAUUUAUUUUAUGAAAACACAACCUCAUGUUUUACUUGGAUAAUCAUGUGGAGUGCAUGAGAAAGUUUAACAAGGAAACCCCUAUUGUCUUUUAGCAACAGAGCCAAUGUUGUAAUAGUGCUAAGGCGCAAACUGCCAAUGGGGUUGUUGUAAAAGUGUAACAACACGCAUUUUAAAGCGCACUAAUCACUGUACUUUGCCGUACUUUACUUGUACAUAGUACCACCUAGUACUGCAGUAGUUUUCUACAAAAAAACAAGUCCAAGUCCCAAUACUUUUGUGCCCGCGGGUCUUUUUUGUUCUGUGUUUGGACGCGUCAAAAACCAAAAAGUUUCCUUGUUCAACUGCAAAAUGUGCCCCCCUAAAAAAGCAUUUCAUAACAGAACUACAGACCCCCCCUCCACACACUCGGUAUUGACUGCGGGGUUGUUGGUUGCCAAGGUCAAAAAUGAGUUGGGUUGUUGCCAUAGCAACCGGCCUCACUUACUGUCACUCCAUGCUUUCAAGGUCCAAAAGCAGAUGCACUUAGAAAAGAGCCCAAAAGCGAAGAAAAAAGUACUUAAACAACCCGAGCACUCGAGCAUCGACUGGCAAUGUUCCACCUUCAGAGACCCGCUUCUGCGUAAAAGGCAACGGCGGGUAAAUGUCAUAAAAAAAGGCCAGUGACUGUGAAAAAAAGCAUUGAGUUGGUUUUCCUAAAAUUUCAUACAUUGACAUCCUUCAGCAAAAAUCAACAGGAAGUUGGCAAUUCCCCCUUCAGAACACAAGUGUAGUAAAAACAGUCACUUUUGCCUCUUUGAGGUGUAAUUUGACCCCCUUAACAUGCUUCAAAACUCACCAAACUGGACACACACAUCAGGACUGGUGAAAAUUGCCAUCUAAUAAAAAAACAAAACCCUAAAACUCAAAAUUGCGCUCUAGCGCCCUCUAGGAAAAAACAGACAAAACUGCUUGUAACUUCCAGUAGGAAUGUCGUAGAGACAUGAAACAAAAACCUCUAUGUAGGUCUGACUUAGACCUAAAUUUCAUAUAUUAACAUCCUUCAGCAAAAAUCAACAGGAAGUUGGCAAUUCCCCCAUCAGAACAAAAGUGUAGUAAAAACAGUCACUUUUGCCUCUUUGAGCUGUAAUUUGACCCCCUUAACAUGCUUCAAAACUCACCAAACUGGACACACACAUCAGGACCAGCGAAAAUUGCCAUCUAAAAAACAAAACCCAACCCCAAAACUCAAAAUUGCGCUCUAGCGCCCCCUAGGAAAAAACACAGACAAAACUGCUUGUAACUUCCAGUAGGAAUGUUGUAGAGACAUGAAAAAAAAACCUCUAUGUAGGUCUGACUUAGACCUUAAAUUUCAUACAUUGACAUCCUUCAGCAAAAAUCAACAGGAAGUUGGCAAUUCCCCCUUCAGAACAAAAGUGUAGUAAAAACAGUCACUUUUGCCUCUUUGAGCUGUAAUUUGACCCCCUUAACAUG